AUAUGUUGCUUGGAUUUUGACUCGUGGGUUGCUGACAUUUGCCAGGCCAUUGCUCUCUACUACUGCUUUGAGACUAUUACUCCAGGUAGAAAGCAUACUCUUUACCGCGUCCACACUCAGUGAUGAAGAAGCUGGCGACGAUGACACGUCCGACAGUGAAGGCAAUAAAAACGAGAGUAAACCUGGCGGGGAGGGUAACGAAACCGAGGGUGAAAGUGGUGGAGACGGAGGUAUCCUUAUAUCCCCGACGAGAUAUGAGCCUGGUCAUUAUCCUAGGUUGUAGCCAGCCGUCAUGGGGUAACUUUACGGAAUUGUCGACGAUCACCCGCGAAGCUAGGAAUAACCGCCUCACGGACAUUGUAGGGUUUUGCGGGGCUGCUUUUCGCCGGGUUCUAUCUUCCCAAGUCUCGUCCCAAGCAGCUUCCAGUCCUCUACUGCAAAACCUUGGUGCUCUGCCGCGUUCCGCGCACCAGACAAUCAGCGAGCUAGAGCUUCUUCCUCUUCAACAGAAAACCCUAAUUCAAGUCUCGCAACAACCUUACCUCAUAACUCUCAUAAUGGGUAAGCAUAAGUAUGGGAAGAUGACAAUUCGGCUUCGGCCAAAUGUACCCACUGUCGAGCCCACAAGAAAGAUUGUAUCACGGUCGUGGCGAGAUAAUUGAAGCCCCUCUAUUCACAACACUUGACAACGUAUGCCUGAGAUCUUCUAGGUCUUUUUUCUUCAGCACCUCUCAUCAAUCACAACCGUUAGUAAAAUGGCAGCCAGCUCAAGCUCGAUGCUACAACCUACUUCCUUUGGAGGAUACGGCAGGCAGACAAGUACCUACGGAGGGCCUUAAAGGCCCAGGCUGAUACUGCGAAACUCUGAAUGGCAGUUUCCAGCAGUGAGUUUUCUGCCAGAGAUGAAGUUUACUGUGUGCAGGAGACUUCCACAGCGCCCGAAUCUCGCCAAAGAGUUGAUGUAACCGUCUAUCGAAUUGUCAAUAGACGCUAACGUAAUCAACUCUAUGCAGAAUUCAAACGUUCUAGAUUAAGUACACGA